AUGCACCAGAAUAUCAAGGCUCACGAGAGCAGGAAGCAGAUAUUUUCCAAGCAUGCAUCAAGAGAGAACCCUUUCCAGCAUCAACCAAAGCCAGCUACUGAGCCGCCACCUUGGUCAAAUUUGUUGAAUGCAUCUGAGAAUUUGCAACAAGAAUUGACAUUACCAUCAAAUGGAGCUCCUGUUAGCAAUCAACUAAGACGAAGGUUGGCUGUGGACAACACUCCAUCUCAGCAAAUGGAAAUGUCUAUGCUACAGCAGGUUGUUCCUCGGCAAGAAAACUAUAAUCAGAGUAGGUCAACUGCUCUGCACAAUGUGGAAUCUACUAUCACAGAACUUAGUGGGAUUUUCUCGCAUUUGGCUACAAUGGUUGCCCAUCAAGGGGAGCUUGCUAUCAGGAUUGAUGACAACAUGGAUGAGUCAUUGGCAAAUGUUGAAGGAGCUCACAAUUCUUUAUUGAGGAAUCUCAACCGAAUAUCAUCAAAUAGGUUAUCUGCUUCACCGCUUGAGUUUCAAUGCAGGACAAGAGACCAUAAACCCGUCCUAGGAUCCUUGUGUUCUGAUCUUAAUAAAGUCGAUUCUGAAGACGGAAAGCGAGAGAAAAUGGAGGUUUAUCCCCAAAAAGUAAAGGAAGCUUGCACGUAUAAUUGUUUUUUAAGGGAAGAAAUUGAAAAGGAGGCUUUUGAAGGGUUAGUAAUAGUAUCUUCUGCAUUGAAAACUGCCACCUUCUGCCAAUUCCAUGUUCAGAACCUGCAUUUAAGAGGACUUUCUCUAUAUUAUAAUAAUCUUGGAACAAUGUUACCCCAGAAGCAAGGUGAAGAAACCAUGAUGUCAAGCCUCAAUGAAACUAUUGAGCGUGAAGAGAGAGAGGAAGAGAAGGUGGGUGGUUCACAUUCCAGUUUGAGAAGCCUUCUGUGGCAUGGUGGGUCUGUUUAUGAUGCAUGGUUCAGCUGUGCCUCAAAUCAGGUUGCACAGGUUCUGUUAACACUGCCAUGCUCUUUCGCUCAGCUGGGAAUGCUUUCUGGCAUCAUAUUCCAAGUCUUCUAUGGAUUAAUGGGAAGUUGGACUGCUUAUUUGAUUAGCAUUCUGUACAUAGAGUACAGGAGCAGAAAAGAGAAAGAGAACGUCAACUUCAAAAACCAUGUCAUUCAGUGGUUUGAAGUGCUGGAAGGUUUACUAGGUCCAUACUGGAAAGCCGUUGGCUUGGCCUUCAAUUGCACUUUUCUUCUCUUUGGAUCUGUCAUCCAGCUUAUAGCUUGUGCAAGUAACAUAUACUACAUAAAUGACCACUUGGACAAGAGGACCUGGACUUACAUAUUUGGAGCAUGCUGUGCCACAACAGUGUUCAUACCUUCAUUUCACAACUACAGGAUUUGGUCUUUCCUUGGUCUUGGCAUGACCACAUACACAGCUUGGUACUUGACCAUUGCAGCCAUCGUUCAUGGCCAGGUUGAAAAUGUGACUCACACGGGCCCCAAAAAAUUGGUUUUGUAUUUCACGGGAGCCACCAACAUUCUCUAUACUUUCGGCGGGCACGCCGUCACAGUGGAAAUCAUGCAUGCAAUGUGGAAACCUCAAAAGUUCAAAUAUAUCUAUCUUUAUGCCACUCUUUUUGUAUUCACACUCACCCUACCAUCUGCCAUUGCGGUUUACUGGGCCUUUGGUGACCAACUCCUGGACCACUCCAAUGCCUUCUCUCUUCUCCCCCGCACUGGUUGGCGUGAUGCUGGUGUCAUCUUAAUGUUGAUUCACCAGUUUAUCACUUUCGGAUUUGCUUGCACACCAUUGUAUUUUGUGUGGGAGAAAGUGAUAGGAAUGCAUGACACAAAGAGCAUAUGUUUGAGGGCACUUGCAAGGUUGCCUGUGGUGAUACCAAUAUGGUUUUUGGCUAUUAUUUUCCCCUUCUUUGGCCCUAUUAACUCUGCUGUGGGGGCUCUUUUGGUUACCUUCACCGUCUAUGUCAUCCCUGCUUCUGCUCAUAUGCUCACUUACAGGUCUGCUUCUGCACGACAGAACGCUGCUGAGAAAUUGCCCUUGUUCAUCCCAAACUGGACUAUAAUGUAUGUGAUAAAUGCAUUUGUGAUGGUGUGGGUUCUAGUGGUGGGAUUUGGAUUUGGAGGGUGGGCUAGCAUGGCAAACUUCAUCAAACAGGUUGACAAAUUUGGACUCUUUGCCAAGUGCUACCAGUGCCCCCCGCAUAAAACCGCAGGUUCCAACCAAACACUGCAUCACUGA